CGGGGGGCGGAGCCAGAGAAAGCGAGCGCAAGCAUUGGGGCAAGACACAGCCAAUCAGAAGCGCCUUCUCCUUCCGCUUUAGCAGCAGGCGCGAGCAAUCGUUCGCCGAGCGACCGGCCGGGCCUGGGCCGCGUGGGGACGGACGGCGUGCCUGGCGCGGGGGAGGCCGGAGGGGCCCGCUGAGUCCGGCCAUGGCGCAGCUGCAGGCUCGCUUCCUUACCGAGGACACGAGAUACACAGUAGAUGAUGUUCCUUUCUCGGUCCCAGCCCUUUCUGAAACAACUGACCUCAGUAAUGUUAUCAACAAACUGCUGGAAGCUAAAAAUGAGAGCCACAAAUACGUGGAAUUUGAUUUCCUUAUCAAAGGUCAGUUCUUGCGAAUGUCCUUGGUCAAACACAUGGAAACCGAAAAUAUCUCUACAGAAGAAGUGGUGGAAAUAGAAUAUGUAGAGAAGUAUAUGGCUCCCCAGCCAGAGCAAUGCAUGUUUCAUGAUGACUGGAUCAGUUCUAUUGCAGCUACAGAAGAAUGGAUUUUGACAGGCUCUUAUGAUCAGACUUCUCGGAUCUGGUCAGUAGAAGGCAAACCCAUAACAACUCUUGCCGGGCAUGUAGAUGUCGUAAAAGAUGUGGCGUGGGUGAAGAAAGAUGGCUUGUCCUGCUUGCUGCUGAGCGCCUCUUUGGAUCAGACCGUCCUGCUGUGGGAGUGGAGUGUGGAAAAGAACACGGUGAAAGCGCUGCACCGUUGUAGAGGGCACGCAGGAAGUGUAGAAUCCCUGGCGGUCGAUGGCUCAAGAACCAAAUUUUGCAGCGGAUCCUGGGAUACCCUGUUAAAGAUCUGGUCUGCAGUGCCUACAGAUGAAGAAGAUGAACUGGAAAUGGAGGAAGUAGCUGACAGGCCAAGGAAAAAACAGAAAACAGAACAUUUGGGACUCACAAGAACUCCUGUUACAACUCUCUCAGGCCAUACAGGAGCUGUUUCUUCUGUACUCUGGUCAGAUGCAGAUGAAAUAUGCAGUGCAUCUUGGGACCACACAAUCAAGGUGUGGGAUGUUGAAACUGCAGGCCUCAAAUCAACUUUGACUGGAAGCAAAGUGUUCAACUCAGUUUCCUACUCUCCGCUGUGUCGGCGUCUAGCUUCUGGAAGCACAGACAGGCACAUCAGGUUAUGGGACCCUCGUACCAAAGAUGGUUCUCUGGUGCUCCUUUCACUUACCUCGCAUACUGGCUGGGUGACAUCAGUCAAGUGGUCACCUACCCAUGAACAACAGCUAAUCUCUGGUUCUCUAGACAAUCUAGUCAAAAUUUGGGACACAAGGAGCUGCAAGGCUCCCCUCUAUGACUUGGCCGCUCAUGAAGACAAAGUUUUGUGUGUGGAGUGGACAGAAGCAGGGUUGUUGCUGAGUGGAGGAGCUGACAACAAGCUGUAUUCCUACAGAUGUCGAGCAAGUGCCUCAGAUGUUGGAGCAUGAAAACUUCUCUCGUUUUCCCACCAGACAAUGUUUCUGCUAUAGUUUUUUGCAGCCAGUUUUGAAAUACCUGUAGAAAAUGUGGUUACUGCUUGUUUAUAACUACACUUUGUUUCUUUGGUGUGUGUGUGUGUGUGUAUGAUGAUGAGGGCAUGUUUUUGUAUUUAAAGGCAGAUGAAUGAAAUAAACAUAAACUAUAUUACCUGGACUAAAUUUACCUACAUUGUAGUGAGAUGUAUUUUAUGAAACUAGUUUUUAAAAAAAAUUAAAUUAUGAGGUUGCCUUUGUGCCAAGAUUCCAUUAGGUUCGGCAGGAGGAGCCUUAGGCCUUCCCCGCAGACAGCCUGAGGGGUGCAGGUGAAACGCGCUGCUCAUUUCCUUGGGGAUUCCAUUAAAAAGUACUGAAGGUUCAUGAACACAGUUGUUAUAAUGCAACGUGUUGACCAUCUCAUACAACAGUCCUCAAUGGUUUUUUGGGCUGGGAAUGUUAAAAUUAACUCUUGAGCAGGAAACGCGCCCCCUCCUGCAAGGAAACAUGACGAUUUACUUUGAAUUCAUUCUGUGUCGAUCUCUAGCAGCCACAUCCUGACUUGAAUAUUCAUAUCAAAACAGGGCUUUUUUUCAGGGGGAACUCGGGGGAACGGAGUUCCAGAACCUCUUGAAAAUGGUCACAUGGUUGGUGGCCCCGCUCCCUGAUCUCCAGACAGAGGGGAGUUUAGCGGCGCGGAGGGCAAUCUCAGCUCCCCUCUGUCUGGAGAUCAGGGGGCGGGGCCACCAGCCAUGUGACCAUUUUCCCCGAGGGCAACCCACUGAGUUCCCCCACCUCUUUCCCCAGAAAAAAAGCCCUGAUAUCAAAUAUCAGGCUCCUUGUGCUCACUCGGUGGUGUGUCUAAUAAAAACUGAAACGAUACAGAGAAGAUAGUUAACACUGCAAGGCAGCUUUGUCCUGUCUUGUACACGGAGGGGGCAGCUAAGUAUUUACGAAGACUUAAUCUGAAGCUCUGUUCUUAGUCUUCCUGAAGAGCUCUGUGUCAGGAAUGCUCUACCUUUGGACAAGGACACACUGGGAAGUUAAAAUGGCCCAUGAAGCUGAGCAGAACCUCUCCCCACACCCCGCUCACCCCCCAGGACUAUGAGUCAACACCUUGGCUCAGACCCCACCACUAGAACCAACUAUGCCCAACAAGGCACUUCAGGAAGAAGCAACUGCUGAGACAAGGCUGAUUAUGUUACCACUGAAAGGUGCAAACCAAGUGAGCCCUAUAGUGCUGGUAGAGAGAUUGGGGUUCGACUCUGCUUGUUCCUGCCUGUCAGAGGCCCACUGGGAGCUUUACCGGUGUUAAAAUGGCCAGUUUGUCCCAGGGACUGGGAUUAGAUGAAGUAUCCCGUUCUAUGAUGACUAGGUCCUGAAAUAACGCAAAACAUGAAUGCGAUCAACAGUUUGUGCAAGCACGGAUCAGAUACGCUCAUUGGAACUGGGAUGAGAGGCAGUUUUCCAUUCAGCUUCCUUAUCACACUGUUUGUUCCAUCUGUGAAAAUGCAGGAUGUAACAUGGAAGACAAAUUGUUAAAAAAUCUCCUCUAAGCUGGCCUGGGUGGUGGGAGGUUUGAGCAGGCUAGUUUUUCUUAUUCUCUCUCGACCCCCCCUUAUUCUCAACAUUUCAUCCCUGCUCAGACCUCAGGUUGGGUUGUUAAAAGGGGCAGUUGUGUCUGUUUUCUCUCUGGGUUAAUCUAAAAUAUAAAGCGAGUGUAUAAAAAUAAGAGUCUGAUUUAGCCAAUAAGAGUGAUUUAUUUAUGUGGAAGCAAUAGAUUUCAAUAGAAUUUACUUCCCGUUAAAUAUGUUCAGAGCUAUAACCUAAGAGCCACUGUAUUAAUUUUAACAUAACCGUGUCAAAUCAAUAAAAAAAAUUGUUUGGAAUA